AUGGCGACGGGGGCGGCGCGGUCACGAGAGCGGCCACGCCACGUGAGCAGGAGAGGUCCGCGCCAUGGACCCAAGCUACAGGAGCAGGUCUUGACUCCUCCGCAGUCGUUGACCUCUGGGCCAAGGCGAUCUCCGGGAGGCGGAGGAGCGUUCCAAUCUCCUUUUGAGGUCUCGGAUUCCUUGUCCUCGCCUUCCCCAAUUCUCUCAUCACAUUCUCCCGUCUCGUCUGGUGAGGGCGGAAACCCUAGCGAUUCCUUGCGAAUCGCGACGGAGGGGCGCACGGGGUCUAGGACACGGCUUCCACACGAGAAUGAGCAGCCGUCUCAGGUGGAUCAGAAGGAGGAUUCUAACCCAAAUCUGAAGGUGGACUCCACUGAGGUUGAAACUUCUACCAAUGACAAUACCCAGAUCAUUACGAAUGAUAAUCAGAAUACUCAGGAGGGGAAAAUACAGAAUGUGAGGCUCCUAGAGAGACUCAAGACAUACCUCAGUUCUGUCCAAGAGAAUAUGGAGCAAGCUAAGAGUUCUGGUCAGACCUUUAAAGUUGGACCCAGUAACAAUGUUAAUGUGGGCAAAGGGAAGCAGGUCAGUGCUGAUUCUAGUCAGUGUUCACAGAAAGUAAACCAACAACAAGCUUGCUCUGAUGAAGAUAGUGAGGAUGAAGGCUUAAAGAUUGGAGACCUUGUGGCUCCUGGAUCUGAUCAGUUAAGGUUUGGAAAUUUUGAUACUCUGGUGAAAUACAAGCAAGAUCCUCUGAUCACUAUAGAAGCAAAAAAUGCUUUGCAUGGCGGUGACAAGAGUGAGUUCUUCCAGCUUGAGGAUUAUAUUGGAAAGUCUAGAUCCAGUAAAAGUCUUCCUACCAUCAUGGAGGAUAAAGAGGACUGUGAAGUUGUUAGAGCUACUUCUAUGAGCCCUAUGAAAGGAAGCCAAGGUGGCCCUGAGGUCAACCUGUCAAGCCAAGAAGAGUCUCAGCAAAAGGGGAGUCAGGACAUUGACUGGGAUCUAAUCCAGGAGGAUGGUCAGGGUUCUAAGUUAACAGAAAUGGAUGUGGAUAGUGCUAAAGGCCACAACAGAGGUGAGGGCAAUUUGCAAGAUACCAGGGUUGAGGAAGACAGCAGCAAGGCUGAUGUUAAUCAGGGGACCAAGAUGGAUAAGAUAAUUGAGGAGAAAUAUGACUGGGACAAGCAUGUGUCUACUCUGAAACCAAUGGUGGAAGCUGAACAAGAAGUAAGCAAGGAUGUGAGGCAGAGUAAGCGAAUUAAAGACGUGGGCACUUCUCAGUUGAAGAUGGGUGGCCAAGCAUAA